AUGCCACUCCAUGAUUCAACGGCAUCGGAUUCGCCUUUGGAUUCCCAGAUGAGUCAAGACUCACCAAUUCAAAAGGAAUCGAGGCCUAUUGGUCGAAUGGCGGUGAAGGGAGGAAGAUUGAAGGAAAAGAACUGGAACAAUCAAUAUUGGAACCCCCAGUCUGCUCAUCAAUCUGGUAGUUCAUGUCUUUGUGUGGCUGAUUUUCUCUUUGCCUGUGUUUAUUCCAGAAAAUUGUAUUUGCAAGAUACUGAUAAUAGCUGUAUUAGAUUGUAUGAUGAUGAUGUUUCGUCACGCCUUGCUGAAUUGGAAGCAACUUUGGAUGCAGGGAUCCGUCACAGAAAUAAGGCCCUUACUUCUGUUGGGUUUCACCUAGCAAAAUGGAUGAACAUGGUGAGAAGGGAGAAAGCUGUAUAUGAUACAUUGAACAUGCUUAACUUUGAUGUUACAAAAAAAUGUCUUGUUGGAGAGGGCUGGUGUCCUAUAUUUGCAAACACUAAGAUUCAGGAGGCACUGCAACGUGCUACAUUUGAUAGCAAUUCGCAAGUGGGAAUAAUAUUUCACCUGAUGGAUGCAAUAGAAUCACCUCCUACAUAUUUCAGAACCAACCGCUUCACGAGUGCAUUUCAGGAAAUUGUUGAUGCAUAUGGUGUUGCAAGAUAUCAAGAAGCCAAUCCUGCUGUUUACACUUGUAUUACUUUUCCAUUUCUUUUCGCGGUGAUGUUUGGGGACUGGGGUCAUGGAAUAUGCUUGUUGCUGGGAGCAUUAAUUCUUAUAGCUCGUGAAACUAAGCUCAGUGCUCAGAAACUUGGGAGCUUUAUGGAGAUGCUAUUUGGUGGGCGAUAUGUACUUCUUUUGAUGUCCCUAUUUUCAAUCUACUGUGGGUUGAUUUACAAUGAGUUCUUCUCUGUUCCUUUUCACAUAUUUGGUGGGUCUGCUUACAAAUGUAGAGAUACCGCUUGCAGUGAGGCGUACACUAUUGGUUUAAUCAAGUACCGAGAUCCAUACCCAUUUGGUGUGGAUCCCAGUUGGCGUGGAAGUCGUUCAGAGCUGCCUUUCUUGAAUUCUCUCAAAAUGAAAAUGUCGAUUUUGUUGGGUGUGGCGCAAAUGAACUUAGGAAUUCUACUUAGUUACUUCAAUGCACGGUUUUUCAGCAGCUCGAUUGAUAUAAGGUACCAGUUUGUGCCGCAGGUGAUCUUUCUUAACAGCCUUUUUGGAUAUCUUUCACUUCUUAUUGUCAUCAAGUGGUGCACCGGCUCUCAGGCAGACCUCUAUCAUGUAAUGAUUUACAUGUUCUUAAGUCCGACUGAUGAUCUUGGUGAAAAUGAAUUGUUCUGGGGCCAAAGACCACUUCAGAUCAUUUUGUUGCUUUUGGCUCUAAUCGCAGUUCCAUGGAUGCUCUUUCCAAAACCUUUUAUUUUGAAGAAGCUUCAUACGGAGAGGUUUCAAGGUCGUGCGUAUGGGAUGCUUGGCACCUCAGAGAUGGACCUUGAUGUAGAGCCUGAUUCUGCGAGGCAACAUCAUGAGGAGUUUAAUUUCAGUGAGGUAUUUGUACACCAGAUGAUACACUCCAUAGAGUUUGUUCUUGGUGCAGUUUCAAAUACUGCAUCAUAUCUACGACUAUGGGCUCUGAGCUUGGCCCACUCAGAAUUGUCAACCGUUUUCUAUGAGAAAGUCCUUCUCCUUGCCUGGGGGUACGACAACUUUGUUAUCCGGUUAAUUGGGUUAGCAGUUGAUGAUGAUGACCAAGAAGCCGAGUUUGAGAUGUAUCGUGUUCAGGGAACACUCAGGGAGUGGGUUACUAGAGAUGCAGUGCAAAGAUUUAUAGCCAAGAAGUUCAAAGAAUUUUUGCUCACCUAUGUGAAUGACAUUGAAUAUGUGCGCCUCAUUAAUGAGAUGGUAUUAGCCAAUAAGUGUAGUCUGGAGAUUGAUUACAAGCAAUUCAUCGGUACUCAUCCCAAUAUUGCCAUUUGGUUGGCUGAUGCUCCCCAGUCUGUCUUGGAAGUCGUGAAAGAUAUUGCCAAGAAUGUGAUCCAUUUGAAUACCAUGAUUCGUAUUGGAGGCGUUGUGACCCUACACUCUGGGGUCUUUCCUCAAUUGCAACAAGUAAAGUACGAUUGCAAUAAAUGUGGGGCAAUUUUGGGGCCAUUCCUUCAGAACUCUUAUUCAGAAGUUAAAGUUGGUUCUUGCCCUGAAUGCCAAUCGAAAGGACCGUUCAGUGUCAAUAUUGAGCAGUGUGGGGUCCAUUCAGAUCUAUCUGAAACUGAUAUCCCAAGAGGCCAUGACGACGUCGUCUUCACAGUGUUGGCUACGCUGCUGACUCCUCCAGGCAUAGAGGAGGAGGGCCACACAAAAGCGGGUUUAAAAGGCGGGACUCAGUUCCGGGACUUGGCUCUCGAUUGCUAUGACGAAAAAGAUGAAGAGGCACUUGUUGAGAUUUGCAUCAGCAACAUUGUAGCAGACUAUAGAGUGUACUUGGAAAAUAUUGGCAUCAGUCAAUUUUCCCGGCUGCUGGAGGCGAGUCUAAGGGGGAUUUUACAUGCUAAAAUACAUGAGGGAGUCCUUGAACUUCCCUUUAGGAAGCAAACAAUAGAUAAAGACCCCUUGCCAAAACGAAGGGAAAAAGAGGUAGCUGCUGUCAUUACAUGUUCCGAUGAUUUGCUUGAUGAUGACGAAUUGUGCCACCCGUGGAGGAAUGACCCAAAGCCGUUGGAAGCUAUGUGGGAACCUUGCGGAAACAUGGAGAAGGCAUAUUGGUGUAAAUAUUUGAAGCAUGCAAGCUACAACAUGCCAUGGCCGCUCGCUGAUGGAUGGGGUGACGACUCAGGCAAUGAAGUUUUUGUCCUGGACAUGCUGGAAGAAUGCUACUCGGGGUCUUCAUUGGGAUAG